AUGGCACCCCAAAAACAACCCGAACGCCUCAAACACGUCGCCGCAAAGGCAAACUCUUCAAACCCGUCGCAACUAGGCGACCCUGUCUCACUCAAAGCCGAAGUCUCCAAGCUCUCGCCGACGGAAGGGGACCUAGGUGCUGCCUCCUCCCACAAGCAGCAGCAGCAGAAAGGCAGCGACGGCCCAGCAGGCGCCAAGAACUCAGAUGGAUCCCCCGUGCAGGACUAUGACAAGAGACGGUUAAAGGAUGUUGCCAAGGAGGACCUUGAGAGCGGGAACCCGUCGCAGUUGGGGGAUCCUGUUAGUCUCAAGGCCGAGGUUACGAAGAAGGAUCCGGCGCCGGGGAAGGCUGAUGGGCAGAGGGUUGAGAAGUCCAAGUUGUGA